GUGUGAGCGCGCCCAGGCCCGGCCCGGUGCCCGGCGGGCGGCAGCAUGUCCGCGGGCGGCGGCGCCAGGAAGAGCACCGGGAGGCCCUCCUACUACUACCGGCUGCUGCGGCGGCCCCGGCUGCAGCGACAGAGGAGCCGCUCCCGCAGCCGGACCCGGCCCGCCAGGGAGUCGCCCCAGGAAAGGCCGGGCUCCCGGCGCAGCCUGCCCGGCAGCCUCUCAGAGAAGAGCCCCAGCAUGGAGCCCUCGGCCACCACGCCGUUCCGGGUCACGAUUGCUGCUGGGCCUUGCCUGCCAUCUUCUGGCCAGCUGGGCUGUGGAGUCGGUCCUAAGCUCUGGUUUGCCUGCCCCCCUGCUCCCCGUCCUUGGCCACUGAGCUGUCAGAUCCAGUUCUAGAAAGUGGACCUCAAGAACCCUGUUUUAGGGGCACCUGGGUGGCUCAGUCGGUUAAGCAUCCAGCUUCAGCUCGGGUCAU